CGCUAAUUCCCCUCAGCUAAACCGGAGUUCACAGCGAUGUCUGACCUGGGAUCAGUGUGAGAGUGAGGGAGAACAAAGGGCGGGGGGGGCAGGAUGUCGCUGCUACCUGUUUGAGGCAAUAGACGCACAGUUAUCGGCAGCAAACACAGAGUCCAGGUCCCGAUGUCUUCAGGAGGAGUUGGUUCUGCCACCAGGUUCGACCGGGUGCGGGAGAUCCCACACUAUGACCAGGUCCCUGUGGGCUCCUUAUGGCGGGACACAGAUUUCCCUCUGCCCCCACCAUCCAUGUAUGGAACAUUGCCGACCACCAGCUUAGACCCCCUUCCCCCUCCCCCUCUACCUGAUCAGCCAGCUGUUGGGUCUGUAUCCUUCUACCCCCCCAGCGACGAUGAGCCAAUGGAGGACAACUGUGACGCCAUGGACAUUAAGCCGGUGCGCCGCUUCAUCCCUGACUCUGUCAAGAACUUCUUCCGUGGCAACAGUGGUAACCGUGGCAGCAAGGGUUGGUCCAUCCCCCCUCCUCCACCUGCCCCUCACUCCCCCGCCCCCUCGUCCAGGAAGAGUGGUAACUGCCGCACUACGUCGGGAGUCCCCUGCUCGCCUCCCCACUCCGCUCCUCCAUCUCCGUCCCUUCCUGGGUCCUAUCGGGACCCCUAUGGCGGCUCCGGGGGUAGCUACACCACGGAGAAGGAGCGAGACGGACUGCUGUUGGGUGCUGAAGCCCUCGACUCUGCAUCCGCAGUGCCCACCAAUUUGUCAGUCCAGACCUACCAGGAGCGGGUGGAGGAGUACCACGAGCGCUAUGCCUACAUGAAGUCCUGGGCUGGCCUGCUGAGGCUCCUGGGCUGCGUGCAACUGCUGCUGGGAGCUGCUGUGUUCGCCUGUGUCUGCGCUUAUGUUCAUAAGGACAACGAGUGGUUCAAUAUGUAUGGGUACUCCCAGCCGCAGCUGUAUGGGGGACUCGGUGGAGGUGCUGGUGCAUAUGGAUCUGGGGCCGGUUACUACACGGGCCCCAAGACGCCUUUCGUCCUGGUGGUGGCUGGGCUUGCGUGGAUCGUGACUGUUAUUCUGGUCGUCAUUGGGAUGACCUUAUACUACAGAGCCAUCCUUCUAGACUCCUCUUGGUGGCCGCUCACUGAGUGUUCCAUCAACCUGGUCUUGGCGGUGCUCUAUUUGGCAGCAGGGAUAAUGUAUGUCAGGGACACCACUCGAGGGGGGCUGUGCAACAUGCCGGUCUUCAAUAAUGGAGUAAAUGGAGCGUUCUGUCGCACCGAGGCCGGCCAGACAGCAGCCAUCAUCUUCCUCUUCAUCACCAUGGUGCUCUACUUCAUCAGUGCGGUAGUGUGUCUGAAGCUGUGGAGGCACGAAGCAGCCAGGAUGAGGAAGAUGGGGCUGGCACAGGAGAUGAGAACCAUUGGAUCAUCGGUCCCUCUGUCUAUUCUGGGUCCAUCCUCCAGGGCCUCAGAGCAGACUCCUCUGCCCACCAUCCAACCAGACAUCAUGGAUGCUCCAAACUCUGCAGCCGCUUCUCUGAUAGCGCUGGAGCCAGAGAUCCUCCAAGGUCACAUACCAGCCGGACACAUCCCCAAACCUGUUGUUAUAGCCGACUAUGUGGCGAAGUAUCCCAGCAUCCACUCGGACGAGGAGAGGGACCAGUACAAGGCUGUGUUCAAUGACCAGUACGCUGAGUACAAGGAGCUACACGCUGAGGUUCAGGUCAUGGCCAAAAAGUUUGAAGAGAUGGACGAGAUGAUGCAGACCCUUCCCUCCCGGCCUUCCAGCCAAAUGGAGAAGGAGAGGAUCAAUGGCAUUUUAAUGGAGUAUCAGAGGAAGAAAGCUGACCCAACGUAUUUGGAAAAAAGGGAGAGGUGUGAGUACCUGAAGAACAAGCUCUCUCACAUCAAACAGAAGAUUCAGGAGUACAAUGUCAAAGACUGCCACAGUAGCAGACACAGGCACAGUGGGCUCAUGUCCAAUCCAGCCUUUACCUACUACCCAGGAGAGGAGAUGCUCCACUUCUAUCGCUGGACUUCACCCCCAGGUGUGAUGAAGAUAUUGUGUAUUAUCAUCAUCAUCAUGUGUGUGGCUGUUUUUGCCUGUGUGGCCUCUACGCUGGCCUGGGACUACGACAUGAGCCUCAUGGGUCUGGGCGGAGGAAGUAGCCUGUUGCCAGGUUAUGGCAGCUCAUACGGCGGCUCAUACGGCGGCUCAUACGGUGGCUCUUACGGCGGCAGUUACGGCAGCUCGUAUGGGGGCGGCAGUGGCGGCAGUGGCGGUAUUGGUGGCUAUGGCUAUGGACAAACGCAGAUGGAUCCCAAAGCUGGCAAAGCCUUCAUCAUCGCCAUCGCCGCCAUUACCUUCAUAGCUGUGCUCAUCAUAUUUGUGUUGGUGAUCUCGAGGCAACACACUGCCCGCUCACCAAAGUUCUACCUAGCAGUCAUCAUCAUCUGUGCCAUCCUAGCAUUUCUGAUGGUCAUCGCCACUAUUGUGUACUUGGUUGCGGUGAACCCAACAGCCCAGUCCUCAGGGUCUAUGAUGUACAACCAGGUCAUCCAGCUGUGUGCCCAGUACCAGAACCAGAACCAGGCCCAGGGCAUCUUCCUCAACCAAUACCUGUACCAUUACUGUGUGGUGGAGCCCCAAGAGGUUAUAGCUAUUGUCCUGGGCUUACUGGUGUUUGUUGCCCUCAUCAUCCUGCUGGUGUUUGCAGUCAAGACUCGCUCUGGUAUCAGACGCUGGGGCCGGGACCGCGUUCUCUGGGAGGAAGUGAAGGUCAUUAAUGACGGUCCACACAACAGCAUUGGAGAGUGGGUGAAGAAUGUGUCUGGUGUCCCAGAGACGCUGGUGAAUGACCCAAAUCCUAGAGUUGGGGGUUCCAGAGACUACUUGGACCAGCUGGACCACAGCAAGCCUCUUUACCUGCCAGGAGACUCUGACAUCAGCAGCUCUGUGGGAGUCCUGAAGCCCCGGCUGAGGGACUAUGACACUGGUGUGGAGUCUGGAGAUGAUCUGGAGGAAGAGGACUUCAGCUUUCUGUUUCCUUUGAUUGUGGAUGAGGAAGGGCGUCUGAACUACAAACGGGAAUUUGACCACGAUCACCAGGAAUACAAGAGCCUGCAGGCUGAGCUGGACAGCAUAAACCAGGACCUGGCGGACCUGGACAGAGAGAUGGGCCGGCACCCUGAAGGCAGUCCACAGUUUCUGGAUGCCAUGGAUGAAUUCACCAGACUAAAGAAUCUCAAGAAGUCCCCAACCUACGAGAUUAAGAAGAAGAGGUGCAAAUACCUCAGGUCCAAACUGUCGCACAUCAAGAGGAAGAUCAGUGAAUAUGACCGACGACCUUGAACCUUCCCCUCUGACCCCGCUCAUGCUGGGAAAGAUACAAAUCUGCAAUUUCCCACACCGCUGUGUUUGAGUUUAUCACACACUAAUGUGGGAUUGCUGGUGAAAGCCUGUUGCCUUUAUAUUACAACUGUAUCAAGCCAAUCCACUGAGAUGUUUUUGAGAAGAGAGUGGGGUGAAGGAAAUUUUGACUUUUUUACUAUUGUCUUUGAGCAAUUCUUCAACCUCUGUGAGUUUCAUGAAGAACUAUGUAGGUGUAUAACUGUAUUUUAUUUGUUUCUCUUUUUAAGAUGUAAUAUAUUUUAGUUUCAGUAGUAUUGUGACUUCUAUAAAGCAGUUAUUUUCUUUUAUAGGCUUUUCAAAAAUAUCGUUUCUAAAAUGAAGGCCCAGCUAAGAUGAGACGAGACAUGAAUUUGCUUAGCAUCAUCAUUCCUUGUAAAUAAUGUUUUACAGAUUGUUCCGCGGUAAGCUUCUCUGUACUUUUUUGUGUGUUUUUUCUGUAAAUGAUGAAACCUCUCUGUACAUGUAAUUGUAAAUUGUUAUUAUAGACCCUUCUCGUGGUGGAUUUUUGAAGGAAAAGCUGAAAUGUAACUAACUGAUUAAUGAUUGCUCCAUUCCCUUUAGGUGUGCCAUUCAAUUUUUUCUAACAUUUGUGUAUACUGUCUAUACUGUCACUAUACUGAAUUUAAUUUCUUAUUUCCACAUUAUUCAAAAGCAAAUGAACAAUUCCUCCCACCGUGUCAAUAUAUUAUUAUUCAUUAGAUUUUCCGUUGAUGGAAUAAUGCUUGUUGGACUGUUUCUCUGAACAGACAGAUGUAUACAACAUGUAUAUUUUGGUGUGCAAUAACAAAGUCCGUUUGUAUAGUACCUUUUGGAGAAAGCAGGGCUGUACGCUUUGAAUAAUAAAAUGUCAGUUAUUAAUGA